CGUUGCUACGAGCGGCCCUUAGCAACCGGGUGCUGGCGAAGCCUGCAGACGGAGUGGGUGGAAGUAACCGGGGACCCUGCUCGAAGUGUUCGGACGCUUCGUGGCUUUGGGGGUGUUACUGAACUCGCAGCGCCGUGGUGUUGGCCAUGUUACACCUGACUUUCAGUGCCUGUGGAUUUAUGGCCAUUUACCAGCUGGGUGCAGCAGUUGCCCUGCACAGACACGGUCACAAACUCCUCAGCAAGAUGCAGAACUACGCUGGAGCUUCUGGUGGAGCCAUGGUUGCUGCCGUUCUGCUUGCGCAACCCGAAACGUUAGAGCAAUGUAAAGAAUUUACCUACGAGUUUGCCGCUGAUGUCAGGAGACAGAUGUUUGGAGCAAUAACCCCUGGCUAUGACUUUAUGAAGCUUCUUAGGGAGGGCAUGAACUCGAUACUUACAGCUGACGCACACACAAAAGCUCACGGCCGGCUCCAUGUCUCCGUCACAAACGCCAAGACUCUAAAAAACUGUAUGAUCUCCUCGUUUCCUACCAGGGAGGAUCUCAUGACGGCUCUACUUGCCAGCAGCUUUGUGCCACUCUACGCUGGGUUCAGGGCCGUGGAGUACAAAGGAGAAUCUUGGAUUGAUGGCGGGCUGACCAACAGGCUUCCGAUUUUAUCCAGCGGGAGGACCUUUACUGUAUCACCUUUCAGUGGCAAGUUGGACAUAUGCCCUCAAGAUGAAGACCAAAAAAAUCUAUACAUCACGAUCGCAAAGCAAGAUUUCAUUAUGCUGACUGAGUUCCCUAACAGCUCAUUUUAGACCAUAAGACCAUAAGACACAGGAGCAGAAUCAGGCCAUUCAGCCCAUCGAGUUUUGUGAUUUUGGUUUUAUUAAGUAGAAUUUUGAGAUUUUGUUCUACUUGUAUUUUUUCAUUAACUAAGACCAUUCAAUAAAAGCAAGGGUCACUGUUGAGCAAAUCCACUAAAGAUUUAGAGUCAUAGAGCUACACCACACAGCAGCAGAUAAGAUUAGCUUUAUUUGUCACAUAUACAUUGAAACAUAUAGCAAAAUAUGUCAUUUGUGCCAGCAACUAACACAGUCCGAGGAUGUGCUGGAGAUAGCCGGCGAAUGUCACCAUGUUUACGAUGCCAACAUGGCAUAUCUACAACUACUAACCCUAACCCUAACUCAUACAUUUUUGGAAUGUGGAAGGAAAUCGGAGCACCCCACACAAGCUACGUGUUCACAGGGAGAACUUCUUAGAGACAGUGGACAGAAUUGGACCCCGAUUGCUGGCAUUGUGAAGUGUUAUGCUAACUGCUACAGCACCAGCACCCUUCAGCUCUGAUGUUCUUUUUCUCCAGAUAGUCACAAAACAAAGAAAAACCAUGGAAUAAGUUCAAAGAGAAACAGCAAACUCAUACCCGCCCCCCCAAAAAUAAAGAAUGGCAACAUGAUCAUCAACCUCCCCUAAACCCCACUCCCUUCACAAAAAAAUAAAAUAAGAACAUGGGUCCUAAACCACCCCCCUCCCCGCACUAAAACACAACAAAAACAUCAGCUCCCAAAUCCCCCUCCCCACACAAAAAAUAUGAACAUAAAUGCAACUAGAGGUUGUUCAUCCUUUACAUCUUUUUUUGCUAUCACAAAAACUGCUGGAUACUAAGAACACCAAGUACUGCAGAUCUACCACACCAGCAAGUUGUUAGGUUAGAAACAUAGAAAGCCUACAACACAAUACAGGCCCUUUGGCCCACAAAGCUGUGCCGAACAUGUCCUUACCUUAAGAAUCAGAAUCAGAAUUGGAAUCAGGUUUAUUAUCACCGGCAUGUGACGUGAAAAUUUGUUAAAUUACCUAGGGUUACCCAUAGCCCUCUAUUUGUCUGAGCUCCAUGUACCUGUCCAGGAGUCUCUUAAAAGACCCUAUCGUAUCUGCCUCCACCACCGUCGCCAGCAGCUCAUUCCACGCACUCACCACUCUCUGCGUAAAAAAAACUUACCCAUGACUUCCUGUAGUGAGGCGACCAGAACUGAGCACAGUACUCCAAGUGGGGUCUGACCAGAGCCCUGUACAGCUGCAACAUUACCUCUCGGCUCCUAAGCUCAAUCCCAUGAUUGAUGAAGGCCAAUGCACCCUAUGCUUUAGGUUAAAGUGGAGCUGGACCUGUUGUGCACCGUGUUCAGCAAAGCAAGGAAGAAGGCGACAAGAGGCAGUGCGUGAUCAGACGGCUACUGCAGGACGUUUUUGUUGAGACCGCAAGACCCCAUUAGACAUUGGGAAUGCAGAAUACUGCGAGUCUAGUUCAAUAAUUCAUUGGAAAGACUGAUGGUGGGGUGGCUGCAUAGCCUGGGUUUUGUACUGAUCAUGCCUUGUGGGUCACCUGUUGCGAUAGCUGAGGAAGGAGAUGUCAGAGCUGGCUGUGUGCCAGUGGAUUCGGUUCUGGGCUGGAGGCUGCACCGUGUCAUUGGUGUUGUGCUCCAGUGUUUGGUGGGGGGAGACAAGCUGGAUCGCCUUCGCCUGCGGCUGCACUGUGUGAUAUGAGGAACUGUUCUUCUUGCAGAAAUAUGGCUCCAGGACAACACCCCCUGCACCAUCAAUCUACAGGCCAUGGCGUUCAGGGGCUGGGCUAUAUUACGUUUUAAUAUCUUUUUGUAACUGUAUGUUCUGCUAUCAUAAUUGUAUGGUGGAAUGACAAUUAAAUUUGAACUUGACUGUGGAAUGAUUGUUGAUGCCAGACAGGGUAGUUUGAGUAUCUCAGCAACUGCUGAUCUCCUGGGACUUCUGCGUACAACAGUCUAGAGUUUACAGAGAACAGUGUGAAAAACAAAAGACAUCCAGUGAGCGGCAGUUCUGUGGGUGAAAGUGAGAGAGGUCAGAGAAAAAUGGCCAGACUGGUUCAAAUUGACAGGAAAGAAACAGCAAAUCAAAUGCCACAUGUUACAAUAGUGGCAUGCAGAAGAGCUUCCCUGAACACACAUCUCUAACUUGAAGCUGACGGGCUACAGUGGCAGAAGAUCAUGGACAAAUGCUCAGUGGCUACUUUAUUUGGUACCGGAGCUACCUACUGAAGUGGCCACUAAGUGUAAUUAGCAGGUUAGGUUCCAAAGAGAAACAGAGGUAACAUUUCAGGUGAAGAAGAUUCAUCAUAAGUGGGAAGGAAUGAGAAUGAAUUAGAAUGAAGUUAGAAUGAAAAACAGCAAGCAGAGGAAAAUGCCCUCUGUUAUAGGACUCUUGAACGGACAAUAAGAUGGACUCUUGGCCUCACGAUUCACCUCAUUAUGACUUUGCACUUUAUUGUUUACCUACACUACACUGUUUUGGUAGCUUUUACACUUUAUCCUGCAUUGUUAUUGUUUUAUUGUUGGACUGGAGGGUUAUGGGGUGAGUGCAGGUCGGUGGGACUAGGUGAGAGUAAGAGUUCGGCACGGACUAGAAGGGCUGAGGUGGCCUGUUUCCGUGCUGUAACUGUUAUAUGGUUACCUUAUUCUAGCCUAAUAUAAUGAUUUGAUCUGUAUGAACAGUAUGCAAGAUAAGCUUUUCACUGUAUCUUGGUACAUGUGCCAGUAAUAAACCAAUACCAAAACCAAUGCAUGUUGCUAUCAUACCUGUCUCCACCACAUCCUCUGGCAGCUCAUUCCAUGUGCACGCACUACCCCCAACAUGAAGUGAUCGCCCUUUGUCCGUGCUAACAAGGGAGGAUAUGGGGGUCUCCCUUCUCCUGCUUGAGAUAUUUACUGGGAGCAUUAUAUACAAAGGGCCCAAAGCAUUGUUGAGGAUCCCUACCACCCAUCCCACAAUCUCCUUGACCCACUACCGUCAGGAAGGAGGUACAGGAAGAUCAGGACUAGGACUGCCAGACUGGGUAACAGCUUCUUCCCUCUGUGAGACUAAUGAAUACCCUGUCACCACCGAGGUGUCAUCACUAGGACAGCGAGCUGUUCACUGUUUACCUGUGCUAUGUACUACAUGCACUUUGAAUUAAACCUUAUUAAUUUAUUUGUGGUAAUAUUUUGUUUUAUGUGCUGUGUGUGAUACAUGUUUUGUUGGUGCACCGUGGUCUGGAGGAGCAUUGUCUUGGUUUGGUUGUAUAAAUGUACAGUCAGAUGAUGAUAAACUUGAACUUGAAUUGGACUGGGGACAACUGGAAGCAACUGAAGUGUGAGGGAGGCAGUGAGUUCCAUCACGCCUAGUAUGAAGGGGAUAAGUGAGACUGUAGGACCCGGCUAGUCCAGCUACUUCAGGGGUAGGUCAGCCAGUUUGUAGUCAUGGCUGUAUUGCGACUGACUAAAACUGAGCCACACGGAAGCUGUAACUGGAAUAUUUGGAAGUCUUUACUCACACAACAAACCUCCAGGAGAUUCUCAUUCUCCGGACAAAAUGUUUUAUACUUUCUCGACACACCUUCGCUGACUCCACUUUCAUCCUCCCUUCCACUCCUCGGGCCCAUCUCCAUUUUGACACCUGACCCGCACUUUGUCAGUUAGAUAUAGGCCCCACUGAUGAUGGUAAAGUGGGCCACAGGAAGUAAAGAGAUAGACGAUAAAGGUUAUCUUUAUCUGUCACCCGUAUAUUGAAACAUCGAGACAGACAGUGAAAUGAAUCAUUUGCGUCAACAGUCAACACAGUGGAAUAUAAUCUGUGUGGAAGCCUGCAAGUGUUGCUCUGCUUCUGACCCAACAUCGCACACCCACAACUUAUCCUAAUCCAUACAUGUUUGGAAUGUGGGUGGAAAAUGCAGUAUCCAGAAGAAACCCACGGCCACAGGGAGAACA